AUGGAUCAAGAGGUCAAUGCAGCUACAGCUCAGUUGAAGGGUUUGUUGGGGAUUGGUGGUGGUGGUGGUGAUGGUGAUGGUGGUGGUGUCAGCAGUGAGAAGCCUGUUGCUGCCCCAAAGCAGCAGUCAGCAGUGGACCAGACUGACGCUGCAAAGCCCCCAUCUGGUGGAAAGCCUCCCAAGAACAAGAGAAAUCGUAAUAAGAAACAAAAUGCCAAGCAACAAGGAGGAGAUGGAGAAGGACAACAAACACAACAACCUCAAAAUCAAAAGAAGCAGCAGCCACAGAACCGGAGUCAGUCACAGGGACGGCCGCAGAAAGAAGGCGGCAAAAAGGAGGGUGUGAAGACUGAAGGAGGAAACAACAAGAAAGGAAAGAAUAAGAAGAACAACAAAAAGAACCCUAAAGGAAAUGACGCCACGGCAAACAAACCUAGCAAUGAGGAAGACGGAAAGAAUAACUUUGCCUGGUCGGCAUUCCAAUCUUCUCCUGAUGCCAGUAAGUUGCCCAUUCCAGCAUUUACCUCUCCACUGAUUUUGAAAGAUCAGGUGGCAAUCAGCGAUGCAGCGGCAGAGAAACAUGCGGAAGAAGCUCUCGCGUCGCUGUUGCCUGUUGCACCCAGUAGUGGCGACGCUACAAGUCCCAAUGCUGCCGCUGGGGAAGCUCCCAAAUCAACAGCAGAGGAUCCUGAAACGAAACCUUCAGAAGCAACUGAGGAAAAGCAAGAACAAACAGCAUUGCCCAGCAAAACCGGCAUUAAUUUGGCCGCUCUAGCGUCUGGUGGAGCAAAAACAUCAAGCACCUCGGGACCCACACCCAAUCCACGGCAGCAGCCACAACCAGCGAUGCCCCACUCCCGAGGACCUCAACCACCACACAUGCAGCCACAAAUGAAUUAUCAAUAUCACCCUAACCCCUAUCAGCAGAUGGGAAUGCCAUACCAUCAGCCUCCACCGGGAUACGUGACAGUCCAAGUGCAGGUGCCGCCUGUCUUGAUGCCCAAUCGUCAAAUGGUAGUGUCAUCGCCGGCUGGAUACCCUGUGCAAGUAAUGGUUCCAGAGGGGAUACCUCCUGGCAUGGUGAUCCCUGUUCAUGUUCCAGCUGCACCGCCCCUUCAUAUGAUGUCGCCGGAACAGCAGCGGCAGCAACAACAACAAGCGUAUCGGCAACAACAGCAUGGAACCCAGCAACAUGGAUACUAUCACCACCCACCUGGACGUUGA